AAAAAAAAAAAAAAAAGAGUUAUGGUGGAUUCCCCCCUUUUCAAUUGUUUGGAACAGUUUCAGAAGAAAUUGUACCAGCUCCAGUUUGGACCUCUGAUAGAAUUCAGCUAUAAUCCAUCUGGACCUGGGCCUUCUCUUUGGUUGGUAGGCUAUUUAUUAUAGCCUCAAUUUCAGAACUUGUUAUUGGUCUAUUCAGGGAUUGAAAUUCUGCGGAUAAGGAUGAAUUUCUGUCUUAACUUACUCUUGUGUCUCCCUUCCGGAUGGAUUGUAGGAAUGCCCCAUGGAAAAUUACAAUCAAACAUCAACUGAUUUCAUCUUAUUGGGGCUGUUCCCACCAUCAAGAAUUGGCCUUUUCCUCUUCAUCCUCAUUGUUCUCAUUUUCCUAAUGGCUCUAAUUGGAAACCUAUCCAUGAUUCUUCUCAUCUUCUUGGACACUCAUCUCCACACACCCAUGUAUUUCCUACUUAGUCAGCUCUCCUUCAUUGACCUAAAUUACAUCUCCACCAUUGUUCCUAAGAUGGCAUCUGAUUUUCUGCAUGGAAACAAGUCUAUCUCCUUCACUGGGUGUGGGAUUCAGAGUUUCUUCUUCACCACUUUAGCCGUUGUAGAAGCGCUACUCCUGACAUCAAUGGCCUAUGAUCGUUGCAUUGCUAUUUGCUUUCCUCUCCACUAUCUCAUCCGCAUGAGCAAAAGAGUGUGUGUGCUGAUGAUAACAGGGUCUUGGAUCAUAGGCUCGAUCAAUGCUUGUGCUCACACUGUAUAUGUACUCCAUAUUCCUUAUUGCCCAUCUAGGGUUAUCAAUCAUUUCUUCUGUGAUGUCCCAGCAAUGGUGACUCUCGCUUGCACAGACACCUGGGUCUAUGAGGGCACAGUGUUUUUGAGUGCCACCAUCUUUCUCGUGUUUCCCCUCAUUGGUAUUUCAUGUUCCUAUGGCCGGGUUCUCCUUGCUGUCUACCACAUGAAAUCUGCAGAAGGGAAAAAGAAGGCCUACCUGACCUGCAGCACCCACCUCACUGUAGUAACUUUCUACUAUGCACCUUUUGUCUACACUUAUCUACGUCCAAGAUCCCUGCGAUCUCCAACAGAGGACAAGGUUCUGGCUGUCUUCUACACCAUCCUUACCCCAAUGCUCAACCCCAUCAUCUAUAGCCUGAGAAACAAGGAGGUGAUGGGGGCCCUGACACGAGUGAGUCAGAGAAUCUGCUCUGUGAAAAUGUAGAAACGCUUUCUGCCUAAGGUUUCAGGACUCAGAUACACAUCCAUUCAGCAGUGUAUAGUAAUUAAAAUAUCAUUUCAUUCCUAGAGUUCAGGAGCAAAAAGUAAUUAACAGAAGAAAAAAAAAUCACUGAUUUCUGGACAAAAUUGUUUUACAAAGAUGUAUAUAAUUCUAAACAACCUUUUUCUUCAUGGCAUUUAUCCCAUAAAUUUUGAAAGCACAUACUUUUGCCAAAAUAUUGACAGUGAGAAUGUUUGUUUUUUUGUUAUGCAGAAAUGGAAAUGAUAUUUGUCUAACCGAAGUUGGCACUUAGUAUAACAAUUCUAUCAUUGUCAAUUUAUUUUCCAGUAAUUUUAAAUCUACAUUUUUGU